AUGUCUCAAACUGAAUGGAAUUGUCCUUGUGCUGCUAAAAAAGAAAAGGCAAAACAAAAAAAUAGUUUGCUUGCAGCAGAUAACCAAGCAAAUUCAAGUAUAAAGUGCCAUUGCAAAGGUAAAAAGACAGAAGAAAAGAAGUUAACACCCAAUCAAACCAUUAAAACAAAUAAGAGACAGUCUGACUCAGUUAAUAUUCCUGUUGCUACCAAUACUGGUACAACUGAAAACUGUCCUAUGAAAUGCAAAAAACAGGGACCUUGCAAUAAGACUGUUCAAAAGCAAAAAAUCAUUGAUUAUGAUACAAAACCAAGUCCUAAACAGGACAAAUCUUUAAAUUGUACUUGCGGAGUCAAACGAAAGGAAUCGGAACAACCAAUUGAAGUAGCAAAAAAGGUAGAAAUUGUACCUUUAAAUUGUACUUGCUGCCCCAAGUUAAGCAAAGUUGAUAAAAACACAUCAUGCCCUAAACUUCCCCACACAGCUAAUAAAUCGACAAUAAUAACUCAAGAACCAAGAACAACUAAAAGAGACAAGCUCAUACAAAAUCCCUCAGGGCAUAUAGAAAUGGAAACUGAAAAAGCUAUUAAGAAAACUGAAUGUGAUGGUGAAAAGAAAAUUAAUAAAUCCCAAAUUAAUAAAUCCCCAGUUCAACCUAAAGGACUGAUAUCUCAGUGUCACUGCAAAAAUGAUGAAACCAAUGCAAAAAAAUCUGUUUCAACUAAAGACUCUACGGAAUGUGCUUGUGAAUCGGAAGAAAAAUUAAAGACCAAGAAGGACGAAAAAAACAUCAAGACAGAAGAAGGUUUAAAAUCACAGACAGACGACCAUGCCUGCUGUGCCAGGUGUUGUGGUAAACCUCUAUCACCCAACAGAAGUAUCAAUUUAUCCUCAACUCAACAAAAAAGUUCUUCUAAUGAUAUUAGCACUGCGACACCCUCUCUUGAUAAAGAAAUAAAAUCUGACUGGCCCCAGAAAAAUAAGAAAAUUAAUUGCGUAGAAGUUCAAACCCCGAUAGUCAAUAAUAAUCUAAAUUCUCGAUUAUUUUUCAAAACAUGCUCUUUAGGCGUUGCAACAGAGAUAAUUGGAUCGACAUUUCAAUCAAGUGCUUCCAAAGAACAGUCUAUAAAAAACGGUAAAGCUGAAACUUUUGUUAAUAGGCAUCCUUACGAUAAACCGCAAAAGGAUAUCGGUGUAGGAAACGGUUGUUAUAAAACAUCACAAAGUCAGAAUUUUGCAAUGUCAAAAUAUUUGUCUCCUCGACAAGUGACAGCGAUUCAAACAAAUUUGGAAAUUGAUCAAUGUAUACAAACGGUAAAUAAUAGAUUAGUAGAAUCUAAUCAAACAUUAUUAUCUCAACAGACACCCCAUGAGAUUUUUUCAUUUUAUACUAAUGUUGCAAAUAAAGCAGAACAAACAAAUAAGCAAGAAACAACCCCACAAGGUCACAAAUGUCAGAUGAAUAAAAUAUCUACUUAUUUGUGUUCACCCGUUAAACCGCAAGUUCUAAGUAGAAAAAUACAAAUACCAUCGAACGACAAAAUAAGUCAAACUACAGCAACUAAACGAGUGUCAUCAGCGGUUAAGUCUAUAGAAAUACAAUACCAAUGUGAUAAUGGUUCACUUUCAGCAAGUUAUUCACAUCAAAGGGAACCGCUGUUCGCCAAUGGGAUCCGUAAAAAUAAUGUAACAAAAAAUGGUUCAUCUGUUAGGUGCCCAAGCAGAAAAAUACUUCAAGAAUUAAAAUAUCCUUUAAGCCAAGCAAUAAAUUCACAAACAGUCGACAACCACCCAAUUAGUGUUACGUCUAAUUCUAAGUGUGAGUUAACAUCCAGAGAAUCGAUGGUAAAACACUUUGAGCCAAGUUCAAUGAAAGAACAAACUAUUGACAAGAAAAGCUCUCAAGUUCUUAAGACUAGUGCAAUGAAUGGGGAAACUGAAAUAACACAAACCGAAUUGUCAAAAAUAUUCGGAGUAUCGUCUGCCUGUGUCAGUAGUGAAAUCAAAUCAAAUGUAUGUAAAAAAACUAAAGACAUAGGUAUACUACUAGAGUCGCACAAUCACAUGCGAACCAAAAGUUCUCAAAAUAAUGUUAUAUCUGCUCAUCAGUCAGAUUCUAUAAUGUACCCUCAUGCGACUAAAAUUAACAAUUAUGUUCAACAAACUUCUGGGUUUGAUUUAACAUCUGACUGUGUUUCUAAAAAUGGAUCCAUUGUUCAGGCAGAAAAGAAAAGCUUCUUGAGUGCACUAUCUUCUAAACCAAUGAUUAGCACAUAUCGAACACAGUCUAGCAUUAUACAAAAAAGUCCACACGAGUUUUUACUUUCUUGUGAUGAUUCUACAACAAGAGUUAAAUUUUCUCAGAAGCCUUCUGAAGUUUCACACUACACUAAAACUAAAUGUAGAUUAACAGAUAAAUUUAGAAAGAAGACAUCUAAAACUAACCAAGUUCCAUCUAAAACUCAAAAGCCUAAAUUAAAACAAACAUUGAGAACACAGACGUCUUCAACUCUGAAAAGCUCUAAAAAAAAAUCAGGCUCUCGUACUAAAACGGGUAAGAAAUCAUCUAGUAGAAAAAGUUCAAGUUCGUCUGAGAGUGGAGUUAAACCUCAUAACAAAAGUGAAUGCAAGUGUGUAAGUAAGGAGACAUUGAAAAAAAUAUCCCAGGGUGUUUUGAUUCACACUGAGUGUAAAUGUCAAUCAGAUCGAAGCGAGACCGUUGAGAAGCGUUCUCGGAAGUCCAUUUUUGGGGAUAAAUGCUUUAAAUUUGGUAAUAAAAAGCUCGAAACUAAACGAGCACAUAAGUCAGCAUCACCAAAACAAAACUCUUUUGAAAAAAACCAAUACGCAAAGCAAACAUCACCACCGUCAUCACCAAAAUCAAAACAAAAGUCUGUUGAUAAAAAAACUACCCGCAAACGACCGUCAACGACGUCACAACUUAAAUCAAAACAGAAAGCUGAUAAAAAACUUGUAUCCAAACGAUCAUCGCACUCAUCAACCUUAUCACAACAAAAGUCUGUUCAAAAGAAGCACCCAAGUCCUAAGCCAUCACUGUCAAAAUCAAAACAAAAAUCUAGUGAUAAGAAAUUCGUAAGCAAACCACCAUCACCAUCAUCAAAGAAAUCAAAACAAAAGACUGUAGAUAAAAAAGCCGUCACUAAACAACCACCGUCCACUCCAACACAAUCAAAGUCAAAACAUUCUGUUGAGAAAAAAUCUGUCACCAAACGCCCGAAACCCUCAUUAUCAUCAGUAAAAUCAAAACAAAAGUCGGUCGACAAAAAAAGAGUCAUUAAAUCAUCUCCCCCACCAUCACCAUCAAAACCAAAACACAAGUCUGUCGAUAAAAAACCCGUGUCUAAACAACCCUCACCACCAAAAUCAAAAGAAUCCGUCGAGAAAGAAUACGACUCCAGCCAGCCUUGUUUACCACCAUCACCGAAACCAAAAAAACAUAUACAUACAAAAGAGUGUAGCAAAGAAACAUGCAUAUCAUCAUCGCCCCCACCAAAACAUAAGUCUGUUAGAAAAAAAUCUCCCAAACGACCAUCGCCGGUACCUUCACCACCAAUAUCAAUACAAAAGGAUGAUGAUGAAGAAUACGACCCAAAUCAACCUUGUCUGCCAUCAUUACCAAAACCAGGAAAAGAAAAGCACGUACCGAGAAAAAAGUCACAACCACUUUUCUUACCCUUACCUAAGUCUGACUUUAACUUAAGUGCUAGCCAUGUAACACCAUUAACACUAAAUCAAAAUUUUACUGAGAGCAUGUUUGCAACACCACCUGAUGAGAUUGCACAACGACCAUCAUAUAACGACGAAGAAGAUGACUCUCGGCCUACAAUUACGAAAUAUAUUGUACCUAGACCUUAUUAUCCUCCCGAUGCGACACAUCCGAUCGUACCAACAAUUCCAGUUCAAAGGUCCGAAAUAGCUCAAAGCCAGAAGACCGAGCCAAAUGAACAAACACCACUUAGUCAGCAAUUUGGACCAAGCCAAGAAAUUCAACUCGAUACACAAAGUCUUAAAAAACAGAGUGGUAACUUAAGUCCUCAAAAGAAAAUAAGCCCUAUAAAGAAUAUUCAAAACAGCUUAAAACAAACUCUUUUCCCAAAAAAAUCCGUAUUAAAAAAGACUUCUUGUAUUUGUCCACCUGAAGAAACACCAAUAGAAGAGCGAAAGUCAUACGCAGGAGAAGGGCAAGUCAUACGCAAAAGUACAGAUGGCGGCGCCGUGCAACCUAAAAAACAGUCUGUUAUACCGCAAUCACCGUUUCCAGACUUUAACCGAGUAUCGCUGCGCUAUAUUGAUGAAAGGCCUCCUCCAAUACCUGUUACGCCACCACCUAAUUAUGAUCGAUUACCUUGUUAUGCCAUUCCAGCUAAUAAAUGUGGGCCUCGAACUUGUUUCGAUGAGUUUGCGCUUAGGCAAGCAUAUAAACGUCGUCCAUUACGAGUUAUAAUGGACGACGUUGGCACUGGCGUUGUCAGUAGUUAUGGUGCUGGUUCUUUCCCUAACGCUAGUCCUGUUGCUGGCGCUGGUCCUUUCCCUGGCGCUGGUCCUUUCCCUGGCGCUGGUCCUUUUCCUGGUGCUGGUUCUUACCCUGGUGCUGCUCCUUUCCCUGGUUCAGCUCCUUUCCCUGGUGCUGGUUCUUUACCUGGUGCUGCUCCUUUCCCUGGAGCAGCUCCUUUCCCUGGUGCUGGUUCUUUCCCUGCUGCAGGUCCUGCGCCGGGAGCUGGUCUUGGCCCUGGUGCUGGUCCCGGCCCUGGCCCUGUUCCUAUAACUAGCGCUAUACCUGGAACUGGCCCUGUGCGUGGUGGACCUUACUCUGGCCCUGGUGCUGUUCCCGGCGUUGAUCGUGCUCCUGGCGCUAGUCCUGCACCUGGUGCUCGUCCGUUUCCUCCAGGUGCUGGCACCGGCCCUAGUGCUGGCCCUGGCCCUAGCACUGGUGCUAAGCCUGGUCCUGGAGCUGGUACUAUUUAUGGUGAAGGCGUUGGUCCUGGCCCUCCUACGGGCACUCGCCCUGCCGUUGACUAUGAUACCCGCGCUGGCGUGCGUCCUGCUCCCCGACCUGGUCCUGACUACGAUGCCCGCGCUGGCGUGCGUCCUGCUCCCCGACCUGGCCCUGACUACGAUGCUCACGCUGGCCUGCGUCCUGGUCCCCGAACUGGCCCUGACUACAAUGUCCACGCAGGCCUGCAACCUGGUCCCCGACCUGGGCCUGACUACGACACCCGCGCUGGCCAGCGUCCUAGGCCCCGACCUGGCCCUGAUUCUGACGCUCGCGCUGCCCCUCAUGUUGUAGCUCGUGCUGAUCCUUUCCAUGGUAAUACAGUUGAAGCGGAUUUGCGUUAUGUAGGACGACCUUCAACACAACAACAGUAUCAAGGUCUCCAAAAAAGAAAGAAUAAGAGAGUAAUUGCACAGAAGGAAAAAGAUAAAUAUUUAUUACCUCCUCCUCCUCUCUCUGCAUAUGAACCUAAAAGCAAAGCAGCUAAAAUUAAAUACAAAAUAAAAAAAGCUAAAUACGAUACAGUUCAAAACUAUCGGUGUAUUAUUGAUCUCAUCAAUAAUUCUGAGAAGGAAGCAUGGCCUAAUAAAGUUUCCUGUCGUCCCAUACCGCUUGUUUUGUGGUGGCGUGCCCAGCUUGGGCUGGCCACCCACCGUGUCCUCAGUGAAGUAAUCGGCAGCGGUGACCCAUCGCGCCCCGCCUUAUGGUGCGAAGCGAAAGAAACUGGGAACCCGUUUCCUCUUUCCGCGAAGCAGACAUCAACAGGGCGUCAGAGAUUGCGCGACAGUAAUGCAGCCCAGUCCAAAUCCAGUCCUAGACCACAUCCAGUCCCAGUGCCAGUUCCAGUCCCGAUCCCAGUCCCAGUCCCAGUCCAAGACCCAGUCCCAGACCCUUUAACUCGUAUGUACAAUAUUCAAACUAAAGAAGUUUCUUAA